AUGACCACUCACGUCACGCUGGAAGAUGCCUUGUCCAAUGUGGACCUGCUGGAGGAGCUACCGCUGCCAGAUCAGCAGCCAUGCAUCGAGCCACCUCCCUCUUCCAUCAUGUACCAGGCUAAUUUCGACACAAACUUUGAAGACAGAAAUGCCUUUGUGACCGGCAUUGCCAGGUACAUCGAACAGGCUACAGUGCACUCUAGCAUGAAUGAAAUGCUGGAGGAAGGACAUGAAUACGCAGUGAUGCUUUACACGUGGAGGAGCUGCUCUCGGGCCAUACCCCAGGUGAAAUGUAACGAACAGCCGAACCGGGUGGAAAUUUAUGAGAAGACUGUGGAAGUUCUGGAGCCGGAGGUCACCAAGCUGAUGAAGUUCAUGUAUUUCCAGCGCAAGGCUAUCGAGCGGUUCUGCAACGAGGUGAAGCGCUUGUGCCAUGCUGAGAGAAGGAAGGAUUUUGUCUCCGAGGCCUAUCUCCUGACGCUGGGGAAAUUCAUUAACAUGUUCGCCGUGCUGGAUGAGCUGAAGAACAUGAAGUGCAGCGUCAAAAAUGACCACUCUGCCUACAAAAGAGCUGCCCAGUUUUUGAGGAAGAUGGCUGACCCACAGUCUAUUCAGGAAUCCCAGAACCUCUCCAUGUUCCUGGCGAACCACAACCGGAUCACACAGUGUCUGCAUCAGCAGCUGGAAGUUAUCCCUGGCUACGAGGAGCUGCUAGCGGAUAUUGUCAACAUCUGUGUGGACUACUAUGAAAACAAGAUGUACUUGACGCCCAGCGAGAAGCACAUGCUCUUAAAGGUGAUGGGCUUUGGUCUGUAUCUGAUGGAUGGGAAUGUCAGCAACAUUUACAAACUGGACACCAAGAAGAGAAUCAAUCUUAGCAAAAUAGACAAGUUCUUCAAGCAGCUGCAGGUGGUUCCUUUAUUCGGCGAUAUGCAGAUAGAACUGGCCAGAUACAUUAAGACCAGUGCUCACUAUGAGGAGAACAAAUCCAAGUGGACGUGCACUCAGAGCAGCAUCAGUCCCCAGUACAACAUCUGUGAGCAGAUGGUCCAGAUCCGAGACGACCACAUCCGCUUCAUCUCGGAGCUCGCUCGCUACAGCAACAGUGAGGUGGUCACCGGCUCGGGGCUGGACAGCCAGAAGUCAGAUGAGGAAUACAGGGAGCUCUUUGACUUGGCUUUACGGGGGCUGCAGCUGCUCUCCAAGUGGAGCGCCCAUGUCAUGGAAGUGUAUUCUUGGAAGCUGGUACAUCCCACCGAUAAGUUCUGUAACAAAGAUUGCCCAGGCACCGCUGAGGAGUACGAGAGAGCCACCCGGUACAACUACACCAGCGAGGAGAAAUUUGCCUUUGUGGAGGUAAUUGCCAUGAUCAAGGGUCUACAAGUGCUGAUGGGCCGGAUGGAGAGUGUCUUUAACCAGGCCAUCAGAAACACUAUCUAUGCAGCCCUGCAAGACUUUGCCCAGGUGACUCUCCGGGAGCCCUUGAGACAAGCAGUCAGGAAGAAGAAGAACGUCCUGAUCAGUGUCCUUCAGGCAAUCCGGAAGACGAUCUGUGACUGGGAGGGAGGUCGGGAGCCCCCUAAUGACCCCUGCCUGAGAGGCGAGAAGGACCCCAAAGGUGGAUUCGAUAUUAAGGUCCCUCGACGAGCAGUGGGUCCAUCGAGCACACAGGUACGUAAACCGUCUCCACUUCCCCAGGGACAGGGAUGGGGGGGGCUUGCUUGUAGAGCACCAUGUGCUGCUGUAUCAGUCAGGAUGCUGCUGGUUUUUUUAAAGCUUUACAUGGUGCGGACCAUGCUGGAGUCACUCAUCGCAGACAAGAGCGGCUCGAAGAAGACUCUGAGGAGCAGCUUGGAUGGGCCGAUAGUCCUGGCCAUUGAGGAGUUCCACAAGCAGUCCUUCUUCUUCACUCACCUUCUCAACAUCAGCGAAGCCCUGCAGCAGUGCUGCGAUCUGUCCCAGCUCUGGUUCCGAGAAUUCUUUCUGGAGCUGACCAUGGGCCGUCGGAUCCAGUUCCCCAUCGAGAUGUCCAUGCCCUGGAUUCUCACGGACCACAUCCUGGAAACCAAGGAACCCUCCAUGAUGGAGUACGUGCUGUAUCCCUUGGACCUAUACAACGACAGCGCAUAUUAUGCCUUAACCAAGUUUAAAAAGCAGUUCCUAUACGAUGAAAUUGAAGCUGAAGUGAACUUGUGUUUUGACCAGUUUGUGUACAAGUUGGCAGAUCAGAUCUUUGCCUAUUAUAAAGCAAUGGCUGGCAGUGUCUUACUGGAUAAACGUUUCCGGGCUGAAUGUAAGAAUUAUGGCGUGAUUAUCCCUUACCCGCCGUCCAAUCGCUACGAGACGUUACUCAAACAGAGACACGUCCAGCUGCUGGGUAGAUCAAUUGACCUGAACAGGCUCAUAACUCAGCGUAUUUCAGCUGCGAUGUACAAAUCGCUAGACCAGGCCAUUAGCCGCUUUGAGAGUGAAGACCUGACCUCCAUUGUGGAGCUGGAGUGGCUCUUGGAGAUAAAUCGUCUGACACACCGGCUGCUGUGUAAGCACAUGACUUUGGACAGUUUUGAUGCAAUGUUCCGAGAGGCCAAUCACAACGUCUCUGCGCCUUAUGGACGCAUCACCCUGCACGUCUUCUGGGAGCUAAACUUUGACUUUCUACCCAACUACUGCUACAAUGGCUCCACCAACCGGUUUGUACGGACAGCGAUUCCAUUCACCCAGGAACCACAGAGAGACAAGCCAGCCAACGUCCAGCCGUAUUACCUCUACGGAUCAAAGCCACUGAACAUUGCCUACAGUCACAUCUACAGCUCCUACCGCAACUUCGUGGGGCCUCCUCAUUUCAAGACAAUCUGCCGGCUCCUAGGCUAUCAAGGGAUCGCAGUGGUGAUGGAGGAGCUGCUGAAGAUCGUCAAAAGCCUGUUACAGGGCACCAUUCUGCAGUAUGUGAAAACAUUGAUAGAGGUGAUGCCCAAGAUAUGCCGCUUGCCAAGACAUGAAUAUGGAUCUCCAGGAAUCUUGGAGUUUUUCCAUCACCAGCUGAAGGACAUCAUUGAGUAUGCAGAGCUGAAGACUGAUGUAUUCCAGAGCCUUAGAGAAGUGGGCAACGCUAUUCUGUUCUGCCUCCUCAUAGAGCAGGCCCUGUCCCAGGAAGAAGUUUGUGAUUUGCUGCAUGCUGCUCCCUUCCAAAAUAUUUUGCCCAGGGUCUACAUCAAAGAAGGAGAACGCUUGGAGGUACGCAUGAAGCGUCUCGAAGCCAAAUAUGCCCCACUUCACCUGGUUCCCUUAAUAGAGAGGCUGGGAACUCCUCAGCAAAUAGCCAUUGCUCGGGAGGGUGACUUGCUGACCAAGGAGCGGCUGUGCUGCGGGCUGUCCAUGUUCGAGGUGAUCCUGACGCGCAUUCGCAGCUACCUGCAGGACCCAAUCUGGCGUGGGCCUCCCCCUACCAACGGGGUCAUGCACGUGGAUGAGUGUGUCGAGUUCCACCGGCUCUGGAGUGCCAUGCAGUUCGUGUACUGCAUCCCCGUGGGGACAAACGAGUUCACUGCAGAGCAGUGCUUUGGAGACGGUUUGAACUGGGCAGGCUGCUCCGUCAUUGUUCUCCUCGGGCAGCAGCGGCGCUUCGACCUCUUUGACUUCUGUUACCAUCUGCUGAAGGUGCAGAGGCAGGAUGGGAAGGAUGAAAUCAUCAAGAACGUGCCCCUGAAGAAGAUGGCUGACCGCAUCAGGAAGUAUCAGAUUCUGAACAACGAGAUUUUCGCCAUCCUGAACAAGUACAUGAAGUCGGUGGAAACAGACAGCUCCACGGUUGAGCACGUGCGCUGCUUCCAGCCCCCCAUCCACCAGUCCCUGGCUACCACUUGCUAAGCAGCAAGUGCUAGUGUGC